AUGGAGAUGGAGAUGGAAGAGGAGGUCAACACGAGCAGAGAUGCUCGCCCGUCAGCUUGGGCUGGGGGUAGUUGUGGGAGGCUGUUUGGAACAACAACUCUACGGGCAGCCUGGUAUGUGGCCGAGUCGGACACGGAGGAUAUUCUCCAAGUGGAAAAGGAAGAGGACGAUGUGUGUGAUGAGAAAGAGAACAACCCUAACUGA